CAUGAAGAGGAAAAAUGCAACUAAAGCAAAUACUUAGUCUGAGCCAAAAGCAUGGUCUUCUAUUGAGCUCCGAUCCAUUUAAAAUUGGACCAAUAGGUUCCAUACUCAUGCAAAACUUAAACACUGAAUGGCUCAAUAGCUUAGUCAACAAUAAAGAAUACCCAAUUUUUUAUGAUAGUGAUAAUUUCAAUGAUAGUUACAAUUUUGUUAAAGGUUUAUGUUCUGAGACAUUACCCUUUGGUAUCGCUGAUACAAAAAGUACACAAAUUGAAGGAAACGACGUGUUUUCAAGUCUCUUCAGCGUCUCCGAUUACUUAAGAUGCAACGUUUUCGUUGCGCCCACCGAAUCCAUGCAGUUUUUCCAUCAAUGGCAACGCUUGAGGAGAAUGUGGUGGAGGAAAUUCUCUUCAACUCCUGGCCGAUAUUUCACCACAGAUAUGCAGAAUAACGACGGUCAGCACACUGUAGAAAUCCGUGCAAAGUAUCCUUGGGGAGAGCAGUUGGUGGAAAAGCUACAAAUGAACGAGUCGAAACAGCAAUCGAUCUCUGAAGAGCAAAACGAAUGUAAAUUCAAAAAUAUUUCGGUGCAAUCGCAUCACGUUUCCAGCGAAAUCUGCAAACCAGUUAUGUUCUUGAAUACCGUUUGCGAUGCGUACGAGGAGCUGCCGUUUCAGGAUGUAAAAAGAGUGAUGUUUCGGUUCCACAGAAAGCUCGCACCUUACAAAAUAAGCUUCGCUGUCUGCAACACUUAUUCUUCAGGAGUCACAAUAGAACUGUACGAUCUGGCGCAAUACCUAUGCAAGAAGUUGAGGACGAAUAACGUGAGUUCUUUGUUGCUCCCGAAAUGCACCACGGAUAAAUUGGAACAGCAAUACCUGCAGAACGACUUCAUAGGUGUGCCUUACACGGUCAUUCUGAACGAAGGUACUUUGAAGAACGGCGUUGCUUUAUUGAGAAGCAGAGAUACAACUCUUAAGGAGCAAGUCCAUGUGAGCGAGUUACCCGAAUACGUCGAUUUGUUAUUCAAAAACUAUUAACCAAACAGAAUUUAUUAAUCAAUAAAAUACA